AUGAAUCCCCUGAACGAACCUUCGUUCAUCGGAAUUUUGACCAAGAUAACUUUCCCCGAGCUAUGCAACUUGAUCCUGAAGCACACCGCACCCGGCAGAGCAGUCAGGACUAUCUGGGGGGCAAUUGAGAAUGUCCCCCCGGCAGCUGUUCCUCCGUUCGGCGGUGGAGGUACAAAUUACCGAUUCAGAGGAGCUCGAAGGUUGGUUGAAGAACAGCAAUGCCAGGCCUCGGAGGAUAUUGGCGUCCUCCACAGAGCAGGCGCGGGUGCUAACCUGGGUGGUGCGGAAUCCCCCCGUUGA